AUUCACACGAAUACAAUUGUUAUUCUUCUUCUUUCAAUUCUCGAUUCCAACAAAAAAAAACUAAAGUUCUGUAUUGUUUUUUUUUUCUUAAACUUUGGCUAAAAUUCUGUGUUGUUGUUCAAGCGGUUCAUUUCCAAAACAAAACAGCCAAAUUUUAAAGAUGAACAACAGAUCGCAAAACACACGUUCAAGUGGUAGUAGAAGCCGUGUUCGUGCUGGAUCAGUAGCUCGUGGUAGUGGUUCGAGAAGUGUCUAUGGAAGAUCAUCAAAUCAUGGAGAAGGAACAAGCGGUGAUGGUCCAACAAACAAUGAGGUUACUCCAUGCAAUCGCAAAUAUAUAAUGGUCUUGCAAAACAAUCCUCUUCCAUUCAAAGAUUUGCUUGACCGAAUCGAUGGUGAACAUGAUGUAGAACAAGAUGAUCAUUAUUCACCAUACAUUCUUGGCGUUCAUUUCCAGAACACGGAAAAUGAAGAAACAACUAAUGAUGAUACUCAUCUACGUGGAACAGAUGAAUUUGGCCGAACCUCAUACCCUUCUGUUAAUCUUAAUCUAAGUGCAUAUGAUGAAGAGGAACCAAGAAUUUCGCGAUCACCUGUUCGUUCUUCAAGAGAAGCAAGUCGACAUUCUCCAUACACGAGUAGAAGGUCAUCUUCAGGUAUUCGUAGCACAUCAUCAACACGGCGUGCUUAUACAAGAAGAUCCAAUUUUGAGGCUCAGAUUGAUGGACGAUUUCAACAGAUGGAGGAAUCUCGUGGACAAUUGCUGGAUAUUGUGCGCUCGCGUAAUAACCCAAAACCAACAUAUGGCGAUGCACUUGUCGUGCUUGAAUCUUUGCCUAUUGAGCCAAUGAAUACAUUUUGGUGGGAAGCAAACAAGUUGUUGAUGAACGAUGAAGAUAUUCGUGAUGGGUUUAUGAAAUUAAAAAGCGAAGAGAAUAAAAUUCGGCAUUUAGAGAGGUUAUCUGGAGUGGAUAGAUAUGGAAAUCCUUGUGAGCUUGUUAAUCUACGAGGGCAAGCAGCACAAGUGGAAGUGGUCAUGUAAGAUCAGAUGGUUCUGCAUAUGGCUCUCGUGGAUCUUUCGGUGGUGAAUCAGGUGGUGGAGGAUCUGUGGGAGGAGGUUCUUCUGGUGGAGGAUCUGUUGGAGAUCAUGGAUUUUCCUUAGGUGACUUCAAUGAAGAUGACGGUGAUGACAUAGGAAACAUUUUGCCUACUCAAGCUUCAAGAGGAUUUCACUCUCAAACUUCUCAUAACUUUGGAAGCUUCAACUCUGGAUCACUUGACAUGAACCCUCAUAGAUUUCCAGGAUCUAGUUCUGGAAAAUUUCCAGAAAUGUUUAACUUUUUAAUAAGAGUGGAGGCAAUGAUGGACAAAAUUAGUGUUGUUGGUGAAUUAAUAAAAUAUAUCUUAUUUAUGUAUAA